UAUAACAAUGAUCCUAAAAAUUAUAAUAAUUCUGAAAAUUAUAAUAGUCCUAAAAAUUAUAAUAGUCUACUUGGUGAUAGUAUUUCAGAUCUAAAUAGUCAGGUUUCUCAAGAAACCAAUAUUGAUUUGCUAUCUUAA